AUGGGACCUCUAACGCAGGCCCUGGCCACCCUCUUGGUCUUUCAGGCACCCUUGAGCUUCGCAACACCUAUACAUGAGCCAUGUGCUAAGGUGGCUGCAAUCCAACUAAAGCAGAAAGAGGCCAAUCCUACUCGCACCAGAUUCGAGGUUCCUGCUCAUAUCGCUCUCUCCUGUCUGAAAUCUAUUCCAUUUAACCAGAAGAAUGCGCUGAGCUUUCUCGAUGGGGUUCCCUCCUUCUGGGACUGGCAAUCUACCAAGGACUUCUUGCCAAACCCACCAAAGGGAUACCAAGUCCCCGGAACCGAUUUCCUAAAGGGCCUUGCCAAAAUCCGUGCCAAAGCUGCCACAAAUGGAUACCGUGGUGAAUAUGAGUUUCAGGUCGAGUUGGAUGCUCUUGCCAGGACAGUUAAAGACGGGCAUGUUAACAUGGCAAUGGAUGUCAUAACAAUCUUCACAUUCUUGCGAAGUAAAAUAGGGCCUAUUGUUUCCAUUUCAGAGGAUGGCAAGAGCAUGCCCAAAAUCUUUUCUUUCAACGACUUGAAGGGUCGAACAGAGAAACCAUCAGCUAUCAAGACCAUCGAUCACAAGGAUGCAACGCAGUGGUUAAGAGAUUACUCAUACCAGGGAACGUCACAAGACCCUGACGCUCUUUUCAAUAGCCUUCUCUACCGCCUUCCACCUACUAAAUCUAGCUCAGGCGGCUCUUUCUUAGGGUCUCUUUCCAUCAGCACUGGCCCUUACACUAAACUUGGCUUUGAGAAUGGAACAAUGACGAAAUAUGAAAACGUUGCUACAUUUGCUGCUGAUUUUACCAGGGUUAAGGACGGCGCGUCAUUCUAUGAAAAUUUCUGCAAUAUCACGCUCCCUGACGCAAGACGAACGGAAAUUUUUGAAGAAGAUAGUAACAAAUUUUAUGUUGGAGACGAUAUGUUCGAAGUAGCAGACGUUGAGGAUCCUCAUGAGCCAAUGGAACCAGUUGUGAAAACCAGGGACGGCCAAGUGGCAGGCUAUUUCCUUGGGGGCGAACACUCCAACACUGCCGUGCUUACUUUCCGGUCUUUCUCUAGCAAAACUGUUGCAGGCAUACGGGAAUUCAGCCAGGCAAUCGAAACGUUUCUAGAUCAAUGCAGAUCUGCCAAAAAACAAAAACUAAUUGUUGAUGUCAGCGGAAACGGAGGUGGCGUAAUUUUCCUUGGUUAUGAAGCCUUCAAACAUUUGCUGCCCUACGGAAAAAUCACCACCCCUAUGAAUCUCCCUGCCACCGAACAGUUUGACACUGUUGGUAGAAUUGUCACCGAUCUCAUAAAUAACCCGAAAGCGUCGCCUGAAUUGGUGCGGGCGGAGAAGAAUAGAUUGUUUGAUACCAACACUUAUGUGAAUUCGGACUACAAAAAGUUCAAAUCUUGGGCCGAAUAUUUUGGACCUGAGGGUGUCGGACACUAUAAUUUCACCCUACCAGCCUUUUGGGAUUUCGAAAAUGUUCCAGCGUCUAUGAAUUCGGGUGGCAUCGUCGUUUAUGGCCAUGCCACUCGCCCUGUCAAAGCCCCUCAGCCAUUCGGGAUCGAGGAUAUAGUACUUUUGACCGAUGGAAUUUGCGCAUCCACAUGUGCGGUCUUUGCGGAUCUGUUAAACCGCCAUGGGGUUAAAUCCAUCGCCAUCAGCGGCAAUCCCCGACCUAACCGCAUGCAAGCCGUCGGCGGUGUCAAAGGCGCUCAAGUUCUCAGCUACAGAGCACUAUGGAACGUCGCGGCGCGCACCCUUACUAGAUAUAUUACCCCCGAACAGCUCGAGAAGAUGAAGGGCAACAAGCUUGUUGAAAUGUUCGAGAAGGGGCGGCACGUGCUCCCACGGCUCUUGCGCACCGGCGAGGGUGGCCGCAUUAACUAUCGAAACGCAAUCUACACUGAAGAUAAGGACCGCAUUCCACGGCAGUUUAUCUAUGAGCCUGCGGAUUGCAAGGUGUGGUUCACCCGCGACACUGUGCUUGAUCCCUUGAAAUGGUGGGGAAGCAUCGCCAAAACUUGGUGGGGUAGGCGUGGUGAAUGCCCUAUGGGAGGGCCAAACUCGCCUUCUUAG